ACAGUGUUCAAGCCCUUCCCCCCUUCAGCAUCUUCAGCAGGACAGUGAAGAAAGCUGGAGCGGGACAACGGAUGCCAAUCGCAGGGAGACUUUACAGAAGAUGGCCUCGCCAAGAACAAUAACCAUUGUCGCCCUUUCCUUUGCACUGGGUCUCUUUUUCGUGUUCAUGGGUACAAUUAAACUCACACCAAGAUUAAGCAAAGAUGCAUAUAGUGAAAUGAAAAGAGCUUACAAGAGUUAUGCCAAGGCCCUUCCAGUGUUGAAAAAAAUGGGCAUUUCCUCUGUACUUCUACGCAAGAUUAUUGGUACUCUUGAGGUGGGAUGUGGAAUUGUUCUGACGCUUGUGCCUGGGAGACCAAAAGACGUGGCCAACUUUAUUCUGCUACUGGUCAUGCUAGCGGUGCUCUUCUUCCACCAGCUGGUUGGAGAUCCUCUAAAACGCUAUGCCCAUGCCCUGGUAUUUGGUAUUUUGCUGACGUGCCGGCUGCUCAUUGCUCGUCAGGGUGAGGAUCGGCCAGAGAGGGAGGAGAGACGAGAAGAGCAGUUCAAUGCCCAGGAAAAGAACAAAGUCAAAGUUUCUUAGCUCCACAUUAAGAGCACCGGGCAGCAGAUCUGUGCUUGUAUGAUGGAGAAGGUCCUCAGAAAAAAAAGACAGUAGUCCCAAAAGGUGAUUUAUGUCCCAGCCUCCCAAAAAUCAGUUCUAAUCUUACCUUUACCUCAUGUCUCACCUGAAAAACGUCUUUGAAUCUAAUCUAAGUCCUCACCACAAUUACCAUUGUGGCAACUGUUUUGGCUGUGGUUUUGCAGCAAAAGAUUAAACUACUGUUAUAUUAAUAUCAUGUUUUUGGCCUUCAUUGAACAAUAUUCCAAAUGCCACUUAGAUUGUACAUUAACUUCAAAUGUCAGCUAUUUUUUAUUUACUUUUUGAAUUACUGUACAUGAGUACUAUACAAAACCAGUUGUUUUUCAUUAAGAUUUUUUUUAAAUUGGGUUAAAAGGUUAAACUUUGCCCGUCACUUUACCCUAAAUUCGUCGAAUUUAGAUGGUAGACCUUUUCUGUAGCCUCAAAAUCUUUUACAAACAUCAAAAAUGAAAAUAUAAAAGUUUGUUUAGUUCUCGAUAUUAUUUAUAUUACUGUAGCGGUUAUUUUGUGUAUUUUUACUUGUGAGGAUUUUCAAAAGGUUUGUUUUUGUUAUCAAUUUUGAUUUUCUUGUUUGAAAAUACACAGUCCAAUAAAAACGUAUCCUUGGAAUCUUUUGUUUUAGAACAGGACUAUAACAUUUUUUAUUAACCAUUUUCAGUACUAAAUAGGAUGAAAUUGUUUUUCUGUAUUGCAGAUUUUUGUUCCCAUUUAUUGUAUUUUGUUUCGAUCAAUGUGUUCCUCUAUACUGUUCUGCACAGCACUGCACAUUUUGGUGUUUUUCUAAGUGUUGAAUUUUGUGUCUUUAAAAAUAUAUAUAUAUAUUCAAAAUGUACAGUGCUGGAAGGAGUAGAAUUGAGAAAAAUGUCAUAUGUUUGUAUGUAUUCUGCUCCUAAUAUGCUGUUUGUACUGAGUAAAAAUACCUAGCUGAGAACAUGGAUUUGACCUGUGUCUAACCCGUUUCCAGAAUGCCUAGAUAGAUAGUCCAAGAAAUGAAUUGAUUCUUAGUUUAAACAGAAUGGGCCAUGUUACACACUUGACAGUUAGGGAAAAUGUUUGUGCAUGCAGAUGCUGAGAAUAAAACCUCUAUGCAGUUUACCAUUGAGAUUGGAUGACAGUAUUAAAAACACUUGUGAUUUU